AUGCAAAACGAACCAAAAGUCCAAUCCUCUGACGCAGAUGUCAUAAUCCGAUCAUGCGAUAACAUCGACUUUCAUGUUCACAAACGACACUUGGAAUUCGCCACGGGAGGGUUUCCGCCCGCCGAUACCCCUUCGAGUCUAGGUGAAAUAGUCCGGUUAUCAGAGUCAUCCUCGACACUGGAGAUCUUAUUUCAGUUUGUCUAUCCUCAAAGACAUCCCUCCCUCGAUAAAUUGGCAUUUGAGGAGCUAUUGGAGGUGGCAGAAGCUGCGGAGAAAUACGAAGUUUACGGUGCUCUUUCGGCUUGUCAUUUGAUCUUAAGGGAGUUCCUUCAUAGCCAUUCGAAACAAGUUUUGCAUUUCGCAUGUAGACAUCGAAUAGCACCUCUUGUUGAACGAUUGGCCCCGAUAAUGAUGGACACAUCUUUAUUCGAGGUAAAGGAUUCCCUUAUAGUGUGCCCAUCUUACUUCUUUGCAUGGAGUCUCUUCCGUGAACAAUACCUUCAGCUGUCCAUCGCCCUUGCUCAAUCUCGCCCACAACAUAAAUGUGACAAUUUCAACAUCUUCACUCGUGUCGUCCUUCAGAAGCUCGAUAAACCGAGCAACCUUAUGAUGUCCAACCUCGAAAACUUGUUCAACAUUCGGUCCAUAGGGGGCCUAGAGAAUAUUCAAGUUUGUUGUGCCAUGGAAUCAAGGAAGUGGUAUCAUGCUGUCAGAGAGCGGGUGGCAAAGAUACCGGACUUCACUUUGGAAACGCCGGAUGGAUAUUAG